AUGCGCGCUUCUUCGAUCUCUGUUAUCCUGUACACUCUUGCAGAUGUAGCACAGUCCCUGUAUUCGGGCAAAUUCUGCCCUUUGGCUUGCGAGACCACCAUCAACUAUGUAGCCUUCAACGACACCAACCCUUCGCUUUCGAGAAAGAUCCGAGCAUGUCGAAGUGAUCUGCGCGUUACAUCACUGUACCUGUGUUUUGAGGAGUUCUGCAAACAGGAUGGUGCAUCAGAAGGAUGGAUUGAGAGCCAGAAACCCUGGUGUGAAGCAUACGCAAAUGUGACGUUACCAUCUUUUCACAAUAUUGUGGAUCGAUGGACGCCAGAAGAAACGGCCGCAGUAAGGCGAUUGAAGGCAGAAGAGGCACUGGGGUUUCCGAGCAUUGAUGAGGUGGUGAUACCCAGUAAUAUGCUCGUGAAGCGGGCUUUCACGACUAUGGAGGCUGCGGAUUGGGAAUAUAAGAUCCAUCUUGUAUAUGGUUGGUACAUAUACUACUUCUGGAUCGCCGUAGUGAUCGUUGGCGUCACAACGCGUCUCUUAUCACUUAUGCAUGCUCAACAACACCGUAACAAGUCGUACGAAACGAUCCCAGAUAUCGAACCUGGCACACCUUCUACAUCACGCAGUCCUGCGACUUUUCUCCAAACAUGGCUAAAGCGAUACAUUACUACACCUGCCACAUUCGGUGACCGCUGUUCUCGACCAUAUGGCUGGUGCACGAUACCACCACGGGUUCAAUCACUUACCAUCUUUCUCUUCGUCGCACUCAACAUCGUUUUCUGCAUCUGCUCGUACCGUCUUACUGAAGGCAACCUCUACUGGCCAGAGAAGUCAGCGCAACUUCUCCGCUAUGUAUCGGAUCGCACUGGGAUCAUCUCACUGGCAAACUUCCCUCUUGUCUGGCUUUUUGGCAUGCGAAACGAUGUUCUGGUCUGGAUUACUGGAUGGGGUUUCGGCACAUACAACGCUUUUCAUCGAUGGGUAGCUAGGGUCGCCACGGUACAAGCUGUGGUGCACAGUCUAGGUUACACACUGAUGAUACUGGAGAGCGGAGGAUGGUCACACUUUCUCAAGUACUGGACAAAGCAUUACUUCUGGAACGGCGAACUGGCGACCAUCGCUAUGUGCGGUCUCUUGGCGUUCUCCUUUUACGGUAUUCGCCGUGCGCACUAUGAGUUCUUCCUCGUCACGCACAUAACACUUUCUAUCGCCGCACUCUGGUCUAUGUACUACCAUGUCGAAAUAUUCACCAAUGGUGAAUGGAAUAUAUUCAUCUGGCCAUGUGUUGGUAUCUGGGUCUUUGACCGCGUUAUGCGCCUCGCUCGGAUCUUAGCGUUCAACCGCAAUCCUUUCAGUACUAAGGCGAGGGUCACCUACGACCCUAACAGUAACCUUGUACGCAUGCAUAUUGACUGCAGCAAGAGUGUAGUCGCACCAAAACCUGGCACGUAUUACUAUAUCCACGUGCUGGAUGAUCUGUUGUAUGCGCACCAAAGCCACCCGUUCACGUUGGCGUACACCUCGACAGAUACCGAUAAUCCCCUGUUCACGCCUCUAUCGCCACUUUCACCAAGGCCAGAGCCCUUGCGUACGUCAUCAGCCUCCUCUACCGAGUCCGAUGCGCUCUUGCCGUCUAAAGGUUCUGAUGCUGUAUCUAAUAUGGUGUUUUUUAUACGACCGUACGAUGGUUUUACAUUUAGACUAAAGUCACACUGUCUCCUACAUCCUAAGCGACUCAAUGUCCUCAUCGAAGGGCCGUAUGGGCACACUGUCCCUCUCCAAACUUUCACCAAUAUUCUGUUUGUGGUCGGCGGAACUGGUAUCGCGGUCCCAUUGUCACAUUUGGCCCAUGUUCUCUCCACCUCCUCGCGCGUUCAGAGCGUGAAGAUUGUAUGGGCGGUCCGCGAAUAUGGGUUCCUUACCUCGGUUCUCCGCGACUUCAGAGGCUUACUGAGUGACGAGAGAGUCGAGAUGGAGGUACAUGUCACUCGGGAUGAUGAGGCGAAGGAUGAUAUAUUGGGCGAGGAUCUAAAGAGCGUAAGGAUGAUGGCACACAGACCCGACGUACGUGCAACGAUCGAGGAAUCGGCAAGAGAUGCGGGGCAACAGCGCCUCGCAGUUGUAGCCUGCGGACCAGCUUUGAUGGCUGAUCAAGCUAGAAGAGCAAGCGUAGAGAUGCUGGGUAAGGGAUAUGGAGGGGUUGAGUACUUUGAGGAAAGCUUCAAAUGGUAG